AUGGCGGAUUCUCGAAGAAAUUUUGCUCUGUUUUCAUUGCUGAUUGUUAUGCUGUUCCUUGACGCAAAUGCAGUGAUUGGAAGUGCUGAGGAAAGUAGGCAGUGGAAGAGCUCGAGGAACACAACAAUGGCGGAUAGGUCAAGUGAAGAAGUUGGGUUCAAACACGAACACUUGGUAGAUGAUCCUGAAGCAGUUGCUUCCAUGGUUGAUAUGACUAUCAAAAAUAGUACACAGAGACGGGAAUUGGGAUUCUUCUCAUGCGGAACAGGAAAUCCUAUCGAUGAUUGUUGGCGCUGUGAUCGCAAUUGGAUGCAACACCGCAAGCGCCUUGCCAAUUGUGCCAUUGGCUUUGGGCGCAAUGCCAUUGGAGGGAGGGAUGGCAAGUACUAUGUUGUCACUGAUGCAAGUGAUGAAGAUCCUGUAAAUCCCCGUCCUGGCACCCUACGCCAUGCUGUAAUUCAAGACCGGCCUCUAUGGAUCAUAUUCAAACGUGACAUGGUGAUCACCCUAAAGCAAGAGCUGAUAAUGAACAGCUUCAAGACAAUUGAUGGCCGUGGGGUUAACGUCCACAUUGCCAAUGGCGCUUGCAUCACCAUCCAAUAUGUGAACAACAUUAUUAUCCAUGGCCUCCACAUUCACGACUGCAAACCCACUGGCAAUGCCAUGGUUCGAAGUUCACCUUCUCACUAUGGUUGGAGAACAAUAGCUGACGGUGAUGGCAUUUCCAUUUUCGGGUCAAGCCACAUUUGGAUUGACCACAAUUCCCUCUCCCAUUGUGCCGAUGGCCUUAUUGAUGCUAUCAUGGGAUCCACUGCAAUUACAAUCUCUAACAAUUACUUUAGCCAACACAACGAGGUUAUGUUAUUGGGACACAGCGAUUCCUAUCACGGAGAUAAGGUUAUGCAGGUGACAAUUGCCUACAACCAUUUUGGGGAGGGCCUAGUCCAGAGGAUGCCAAGGUGCAGACAUGGGUAUUUCCAUGUGGUUAACAAUGACUACACUCAAUGGGAAAUGUAUGCUAUUGGUGGCAGUGCUAAUCCCACCAUAAACAGCCAGGGCAACAGAUUUCUUGCCCCUGUCAAUCCUUUUGCAAAAGAGGUGACAAAGAGAAUAGGGAGUCCAGGUCAAAAUUGGAAGCACUGGAAUUGGAGAUCAGAAGGUGACCUUAUGCAAAAUGGUGCUUAUUUCACUCCAUCUGGGCGUGGUGCUGCAGCUAGUUUUGCCAGGGCUUCAAGUUUAGCAGCCAAAUCCUCUUCCUUGGUAGGAACCCUCACCUCUAAUGCUGGUGUACUUUCCUGCCGCAAAGGUGUCCAGUGUUGA